AGUACCUGCAGCACCGAAAGGGCCUCAGUUGCGCAUUGACAAGCCGAGAAUUAGAACGCCAAUUUAUUAAGUUCCCUGGCAAAGUAUACAAUGUCAACGACUCGAGCGAAUGUCGCCGCUACCCAUGGCGACAGAGGCCAACAACAACAGCAGCAGCAGCAGCAGCAGCAACAACAACGAGUCAUUCGAGAAAAGCACGGCAAAUGCCGUAUUGGAAAGCUGGUGAGCACAGCUGGCAUUGUCGUAGCUCUGCUGCUGGUCGUGGGAGCCAUCUAUAUGCAUGUAAUGCAAAAACAUCGCCUUGGUCGCCUAAAUAUUCAGCUGGCGGCAGCUGGGAACGACGACGGCGACGGCGACGGCGAGGUGGAGCUGCCCUUUGAAGUGGUCACUGUGCCAGCCGCGGCUGCGUUGGGCACGACGCUGCUUAGCGCCGACUGUCUGGAGUGCAUCGCGAUGACGGCCACAGCAAAGAGGCCGGCGAUGUGCCACUCAACUCCAUGCAGUAUCUACCGGAUCUCCAGGCCGUAUUGGCAGGAUGCGACGCGGGAGGCGACGUACAGUGGUCCAGAGGAUUAUGAGAUUUGUGUAUCAAAUCCAGACUGUGCCACGGAAACUGUGCUAAGCUUCAUUGGUUCUUAUGCCAGGGAUUGCGACGGCGAUGUCGUGAUCCGGUGUCGAGAUCACAUAAUGCUGCACCAACUGGGACCCACUGGCUGUAUGAUGGGCACGCUGCCGCCAUUGUCCCACAACCGCAUGACUGAAUGUCUGAGAGUGAAAGAGCUUGAAUAGAGACGCCUCAUUGUUUGCUCAGAGCGCGAGCAUAUGUAAA